GAAAAUAUUUAUUCUUUUUUGACCAUACAUGUGUUUGCAUCCCAUAAUAAGAUAGCUAAGUUAGCUACUACUAGCCACCCUUAAAACUUUGCUGUAUGAAUCGUUGUAUGAUGUAUGUGGUUACUACCCAUAGAGUGGUGUUUUAGUUUAAUCGCGCAGCACUUCUGUGCCUGUCUGUUCACAUGAGGAGCCCAGUGACCCCGUGGAUCCAAUAUGUUUAAUGGCAGAGCAGACAUGGAAAGUAUUAACUUUCUAAGCUAUAGCAAGUGUUAUUCCAUUUUGGGCUCGCGCACCUCUGCUCUAGUUUUCAACCUUUCUGAAGAGCGGAUAGACAUACAGUACAUAGUCAAACAUGUAAAAAUGAAUAUAUUUUCUGAUAUGGAUUCUUACAUUCUAAUGAAAAUUUUCCAUUAUUCUUGAUUUCCAGCAUACACAGACUCAUGGCCAAGCUAGCACUGAACAGCCCUGAAUUAAAUUCUAUCGAACAGGGGGUCAAGAAUCGGUUCAAAUGGAGCUGUUUGCUGGAGACUGUCCAAGUUGAGGGAAACACUUUCUCACUCAAUUGCUUUAGCAAAAUUAGAGAACCAGGCAAAGCUAUUUGCAACAUUUGCAACCACCCUAUUAACUAUGGCACAAGUGGGAAGAUUGCACUCCGGAAACAUAUGAUGCAUCCAAAACAUGUGAAACUGUGGAAGAUCCAACAGCAGAACAUGCACAUUGAGAUCGCACGAGCUGAUAACAUAAUUGUUGCGGCUCUGCACAACAACUCGGCGCAACCCAGAUCAAUUCCUUCUCUUUGCAACCGUGUUGCUCAGGAUCAAGCACUCAUUCUUGGAUUCAUUGCUGAAAAUUCUCUUCCCCUGUCAGUCACGUCUGGGAUUAUUAAAUUGGCUCAAGAGUUGGCCAAAGAUCCAAAAGCACUUGCUGAACUGUCAAUGGACAGGACAUCUGCCUCAUACAAGCUCACCCAUGGUGUGAAGAAGACUAUCCUGGAUGAAGUACUUGAGGAAAUCAGAAAUGUCCCCUUCUCCCUCAACAUAGAUGAGGCCACAAGCAAGACAAACAAAAGAGUAUUAGGUGUGCUUGUCAGCUACUGGUCCGAGAAACAUGAGAGGAUGGUUGUCCAACACCUUGCAGCUUUGGAGCUCAUAUCUGUAACGGCAGAAUCUCUCUUCAGUGCACUGGAUGGGCUUUUUGAAAGGAUGAAUCUCCCAUGGGAUAAUCUGGUGUCAAUUCUCAUUCUGUGCUGUUAUGAGGGGCUCUAAAAAUGGCUUGGAAAAGAAGAUCAGAGACCGUCGUGCCCCUCAUCUCCUUGACAUCGAUGGUGACUCAUGUCACCACCUUCAUAAUGCCAGCAAGAAAUUGUGCUGUCCUUUUGAGCGUUGGGUUGAGUCUUUGCUGUCAGACCUGCACACAGACCACAAAUGGUCAGCUGACAUGAAAGAAAUUUGCAGCAUAUUUGGAAUCCAUUUCUCGCAGCCAGAGUGCUAUAUUCCACACCGGUGGCUCUCAGUCUUGGAUGUCAGUCUGGAAACACUGCGAAUGUGGGAUGCACUGGUCAUGUUUUACUAUGCCUUCCUGAGCAAUGAAGAUAAGUGUACAUACAAGGACAUUGUCAGUGCUAUUCUACAGAAGCGUGAAGUACAGGGAACAGGCAGGGCCCGGAUCAAGGAGUUGUGGAAGGAGUUGGGGAACAGGUCCAAGAACUUCACAAACGAGGGGAAGAUGAGGAAGGUCAGGAUUUGCAAGAAGGUGCUAUUUGAGGACAAGAAAACCCUUCUUGAGCUCCACUUCUAUUCAGCAGUCCUUCCCAUGCUGAAACAUUACGUCCUGCUUUUUCAGUCCAAGGACCCAAAGGUUCAUAAACUCCAUGAUGAGCAGGAGAAACUUGUCAGGGAGUUUUUAUCUUGCUUCAUCAAGCCAGAAAAAUUAAUUAACAGCAAAGGAAGGAAUCUGUCUGGGCCAAAGAUGAAGUUGCUUGACCUGACAUCGACAGAGGCCCAUCUCGCAGCACCUUUUGUUGGCUCUGAGGCCUCAUCCCUCCUUGACCAACUAGGGAGGGAACACCCUGUGGUGAAGGCUUUCAAAACUAAGGUAAUCCAAGCCUACACCAGCUGUGCAGGUGACCUUCAAACAAAGCUACCUCUUGACAGUCCAACCCUAAGGACUCUGUCAUGCUUGGACCCAGAUGCACGGGGAAGCCAUCACAUUCUUCCUCAUCUCCAGAAGUUGCCGAACAUGUUUCCAGAUGUGAAGCUUAAUGAACUGGAGAGAGCUGGAUUUCAACAUGAAAUACACAGAUAUGCAAGUGACAUGACACUACCUCAGAUGACAGAGGAGGCAAGAGUUGAUUUAUGGUGGAAUGUUGUGAGAAAGACUCAGAGGUACCCGGCGCUCUGCAAGCUUGCACUGUCUGCACUAUGCCCAUUUCAUGGUCCACAGGUGGAAUCAGCAUUCAGUGUAAUGUCCAACAUCCUGCAAGCCAAAGCUGCAAACCUAAGUGUUGAGACAUAUGAGUCCUAUCAAGUGGUCAAAUACAACCUGAAGGCCAUGCAGGUGUCGGCCAUUCAGCACUACUCCCGGAAGACAAAGGAGAGUCCUGUUAAUGUACAGCUGUGCAGAAAUGUAAAACGAUCGAGCCAAAGGUACAGAGCUCUGCUCAGAGAUAAAGAAGAACUGAACAAAAGGCCUUAUCACUCUGAGAAGCCAACGGCCGGCAAGAAAAUGGCAAAAGAUGCCAUCGUGGCAGCAGCUGUGAGUGCCAGGCGCAAAUUCCAAAAGAAACGUGUAGAGGCUCUAAAAAAGCUUGCUACAAAGGCUAAAGAGUCGUACAAAAAUUGAGGCCUUCUUUUGACAUGAAAAUGUGCAUGUUGCACAUUUAGCUGUUAAAGUUGGGUAAAAAUGCAUCCACCAAAUAAUUUGUUAUUUUUCAUACUGUACAAAAAAAGUUGCACGUUGCACAUCUAGCUAUAAAAUAAAAUGUAUUUUUUUGUUCAAAUAAGUUGUUAUGGGUCCUGCUUUACUGUCCAUAUUGAUCCGCCACCAGU